ACCUCACGCACACAUAAAUAUCACUUUGUUUAAUUGCAUACAUUCUUGUGUAUUUUAUACUAUUUUGGACCAGUUAAAUCAAUCGCAUUUCAAUUAAAAAUGGCUCUCUGUGUCUGCAAAUGCCUAAACGUAACAUUGGAAAGUGAUAAAAUAGAGCAGAAUGUGGAUAUUGUGAAACUGGACCUAACACCUACGGAACAAAGGGAUAUUUUUUUCAGUGAGAAGCUGCUAUCAUCAGUAGGCAGCCUGAAGAUCUCAAUCGCACAGUCAGCUCUGACUGGCUCGCGGACAGUGGGUCGUUGGACCAUACACUUCUGCCUCGCCUGUGGCCAGACCACCCACGCCACUGCACAGGACAGACCCCACAUGGCACUCAUCUGCCAAGCCAUACAGACAACUGCAGAGAAUGUGAACAAUUUGAAAAAGUCUAGCAAUUUCUCUUCGGUAUUCAACUUAUUAGUGCCCGAAAUGAAUGGUGAUGUUGAAAUGAAAGAAAACAUUGACACAAGUAACCUUUUAGUUAGUGAUAAGUUAAUAUGGCCGCCGGCGCAGCAAGUAAUAGGAAUGCUGAGCAAGCAGCUGAGUCAGACGCUACAGUCACAAUUAGAAGCCAUUGAAGAAACUGUGCGCCAGUUCAGAGAUCAGAAGUAUGCGGAGUUUGAAGCUUACAGAGAGAAAGCACAAAGGGACCACAAGAUCCUGGCUAGCAUUGUGAGCAAGGCCCGCAACACUGGCUCUGACGGCUGGCGCAUGGACACCACGGUGGACAACGGGCCACCCUCACCGCAACUACCUCCCCUACAGAGACGAAGACUGUCUUCUAUCAAAGAUGCCAAAAAGAUCUCCCAGAAUCAUGUUAAGCACUCACAACGCAACCUGCCCCCGGAAGAAGACUCGCUAGACGCUGAGGACAUCUUCGACCUGGAAGGCAUGGACUCGCACCCCGAGAUGGGCUCCGAUCAAGAUGAUUACGAUUCUGACAACUCAGGCAGCGACGACGAGGGCAUCCACAUCGCCCGCGCGCGCGCGCCCAGCGCCGCCGACGUGGCGCGCUCGCUGCCCAUCAACAUGCCGUUCCCGCUGGAGCGCGCCGACCACCGCGAUAGGGAUGAUGACGAGGAGCCGUCCCAGGACAUAGCCGCGAGCAUCAAGGCGCUGGCCAAGUCGGUCCACGGCGACGUGUUCGAACUGCCGCGCCCGCGCUUCUCCACGCAGAUCUAGCCUCACCCUCUCACUAUACAUAUACACGCAUACAAACUACUUAUAAGCGACUAUAUACAUACUCUAUCAUACGCUAUCUCUCUCACACGUAUGCGAGUGCUUGAGUUUUGUUUCGAGCCGCUUUCUUGGUUAAGAGUUUUACGGGUAGUGUGGCGGAUUUAAACGGAAGCGUCAGGUCAGUUAUUGUUCAACUGUCUCAUCUGCACUCAUUGUAUUGUGUAGACACGUAAUGAUGUGUGAACGAGAAACUGCUAUGUGCAUGUACCUAUGGCCUACGGUUGACGGUGGUAAUGCCAUAUUGAAAAGCUAUAAGUAUCAGAUGAGUGAAACUCUUAAUUGGAGAAGCCGGCUUCAGUCACGAUAUGGUGCUUAGUCCGGGUUACAGUUGCAGCCAAGAUUUUCAUGUUUCAGCCAAAGUUGAUUCUAUGUAUACAAAACGGUUCUAACUGGACACUAGCGUACAUACUGUGAUCAAUACAAUGAAGAUGACUGUUUACAUAAAUGAGGCUAUACAGAGUUGUUAUUCCAUAGUUUACUGUCCCACCCUCGCAGCCAUGUUUACCGCUGUUUCAUAAACAUUAUGUUUCAUUAAUAUUAAGCGCUGCACGCAAGUUUACAUAUUGCGAGGCGCAAAGUAUGUAAGGGUUAUGAACGUGUUGCAUCAUCAGAUAUAUUUGUGUAGUAUGUAAAUAAGAUUACGUGAAUGACAUGUCAAAUCUAUAAAUCAUUAUGCAUUGUUAACAUCUAAGUCAUAUCUCCGUUAAUUAAUAGAGACUAUAGAGUUUUCUAUUAUUUUAUUAUCUGGUGUUAUCUUAAUGAUAAGAGAAAAAGUGUACAAAAAUAUUAAUACUUGCAUUUCUUACUAGUCUUUUAGGGUCACGAAAUAUAAUGUUUCAUUUAUUAAUUUUAAUUUUUCGGAAGUUUUUUCCCUUUGAACGCAUGGUCAGUUAAUUAGGAUAUUGCACGCCCGUCGCCCGUCGCUCGCCGAGCCGAGGUCAUGAACUGUACAUAGAAUCAUUGUUACUCAAGACGAGGAUGUGAAAACGUUUUGGAAGAACUUUAUUUUUAUACCCAAUAUUUUGGCAAUCAGGAAUGAGUAAUGCUGGCAUUGGAAAGGUUUCAGAGAUGGAGGUUUCGUUUUGUUUACCUACUGUAUUGAAUGUUAAAAAUAAGUAUAAGUAAACAAGUAAUAAUUAUAACUUUAGUUGUUAUUGUCUGCUCGAGAGAACAGUGCAGCUGUCGUAAAGGUUAAUUGUCUUCCAGCCCCUCUUACCGACAUAAAUAUUAUACUUAUCUGUUUAGUUCUGUGAUGUAAUUUUUCAGUCAUUUUCCUAAGCCAUGGUUAAGAGUUUAGUUUCAUUGGAGCGUUGAGAUUUAAGAAGGAAAGACCUAGAAUGUAAUGAAUAUUAGAAAUCAUCAAUAAAUAUUGACUGUGAAA